AGUGCCGCUUCUCAACUUAUCCAUGGACGACGAGCCCUGCUGUAACCCCGUCACCGGUUGGAAUUAUGAGGAAGUUAUGAAAGCCUACGAAGAGUCCAAGAGACCUCGGGUUAGGAUUUGCGUUGAGGGAUUCGACACUUCACUUCCUGAGGAUGAUAGCAAGAAGGCGCUGAUUAAUCAUUUCAAUUCAUGUGGAAAAAUCAUUAUAUUUUACUUCGAGGACAGAUGUGCUUUUAUGGUUAUUCGCGGAGAAGACGCAGAAGAGAAAGCGUUGGCACUCAAUGGAAGUGACGUGGGAGGAUGGAAUGUCUCUGUUAAGGUUUCACCUGUAGUAUAUAAGAAGUCUUUGACUCCUCAGCAAAGAGAUGCAAUGCAAUGCAAUGACCCACGAUUUAUGCAUUACAUUACCGUUACGGGAUAUGACACUUCGGUUUCUGAUGAUGAUCUCAAGAUAACUUUGAGAAAACAUUUCGGUUCAUGUGGAGAGAUCAUACAUAUGUAUAUUCCCAGAACCUAUGAUGGCUAG